AGGUGUUCUGGUGGGCCCCUGGCAUCCCAGUCCGACACUGCUGACUGAUGUGAAGAAUGAAAAUAAAGGAAUAGAAAAUAGAUACUAGAGUAAGACAGAGAGAGGUGAGUUGGGAGGCAAGAGAAUAUUGCUGAAGUAAGGAAGGGAGACUGCUGGCAAAACCCCCAAAUGUAACAGAUACACAGUCGUAAUAAAUAUGUUCCAGGCUCCAACUAAGUGCCAGUCUCUGCUCUGCUCCAUGUGAGAGAGUGAAGAGCAGAGAGCAGGGGAAGGUGGAGCAAGCAGGAGAGGAAUAUAGGGAGGGAGAGGUGAGGGGAAAGACUGUGCCUAUAGAAAGCUGCCGCCUGCAGUCUCCUCUGUGAGCUCCAGAGGAAGGAAUACAAUACACUGAGCUGGGCCAGCCCUUGCACAACCCCGGCAUCUUGGUGCUGCCACUUGCUCGGUGCUGCCAGUUGCUGGUGCUGCAGUUAACUGCUUGCUGGUGCUGGGCUGGCUGGUGCUGGCUGGAGCAGGCAGGUGACACGAUGCAGACUUGGGGAUACAGGCAAGGGGCAGCCUGUGUGUUUGGGUGAUUGCACAUUCCAGCAGAAGGGGUCUCUCCAUGGGUGCAAGGGCUGCGAGCAGGGGAGUGCGUUGCUGCCUGUAUACGAGCCGCCGACCCCCAGUGCCAACUGCUGCCGCUGUCUCGCUGUGAUGCUGAAUGAGGAGCCAUGGAGAGCCGCGGCUUGGUCACUGCUGUCAGCCUGACUCUGAGUAUCUGCUCGCUGCUCCUCCUCGUCACUGCCAUCUUCACCGACCACUGGUACGAGACGGACACCCGCAAACACAAGGAGAUGUGCGACAGUCAGGGCAACUCCGACCCCACCGACCAGAAGAACAGGCUCAUGCCGCUCUACCAGCUGCCCUUCCGCGGCGACCCCUCCAAGACUCGCAGGUUGGGGCUUCUCUCUCCUGCUUCGGCUGGGGGGGUCAGGGAACCGGAGGAUCUGCUGGAGAACUGGAGGUCCCUGUUGGGUCUGGGGGUGUUGGAGUCGGAAUGCGGGCGCCCCCUCUUUUCUACCUACUCCGGCCUCUGGAGAAAAUGCUACAUAAUGGGCAUCGACAAGGACAUUGACAACCUCAUCAUCAAAGGAAUUGCUCAGAAAUGCACAGCCAUCAAGUAUCACUUCUCUCAGCCUAUUCGCCUGCGGAAUAUCCCAUUCAACUUGACCAGGGCAAUUCAGCAAGAUGAGUGGCACCUUUUACAUUUAAGAAGAAUUACGGCAGGAUUCCUGGGCAUGGCGGCAGCUGUUCUCCUGUGUGGAUGCAUUGUGGCAGCAAUCAGCUUUUUCUGGGAAGAGAGCCUCACACAGCAUGUGGCUGGACUUCUCUUUCUCAUGACGGGAAUAUUCUGUACCAUCUCCUUAUGUACUUAUGCAGCCAGCGUCGCUUAUGAUCUGAAUCGCCAGCCAAAAUUUAUUUAUGGGCUUCCCAGUGAUGUUGAACAUGGAUACAGCUGGUCUUUAUUUUGUGCCUGGAGCAGUCUGGGCUUGAUCGUGGCAGCGGGGUGUCUCUGUACAGCCUACCCCUUUAUCAGCAGGACCAAGAUUUUGCAUCUAAAGUUUGCCAGAGACUCGUGUGUAUGAUUAAGGACGGCAGGGUUCAUGACUUUGUUGCCAACCAGAAGCUUUUCUGCUCACUCCAGUUGUUCUGUGGAUGAACAGAUUCUAUAAAUCCAUUUCUUAAGCACAAAUACUGAACGUUUUAACAAAUCACUGCUGGAAUGGUAACAUAGAAUCCCUACAUGUAAAGAAAACUCUGUACGUCAUGCGGUGGCCUUGCAUUGAACCACUGUAGGACCUUUUCUGUGCUCUUCUAGCCCACGUGGGUUCCUCGGAAAAGCAGACCCUGAGAUCUCACACACGGAAAAGCGACUCCACUUUCACGGGGAUAAACCCUUCCAAGCAUGGAAAUACUGUGCAAGUUCAAGUGCUUUAACCAAUCAUUAUUUAUGCAAAAUAUUUAUGUCUCAGUGUAAGAGGAAGAAAAAUGCCUGGAAAGGAACAGUGUUUGUUUCUAAGCCUCUCUUCAUUUUCUGAUCCUUUUGCUUGUUGUCGUCUUGAAACAGAGAAAAAGCAAAAUUAUAAAAAAAAGACCCAUUUGUGAGAUGAACCUGGUGGAAAUAAAAUCAAUAUGUUGUUAAUCCCAAACUUUGCAAACCCCUUUGAAAUCUGUUGUUCCAUAAUAGCAUCUUCUUUUGCCUUUCCCUUGCCAAUCCUGUUAUCCUCGUUGUGCCAUUAUAAACAUUGUCAUUAUAGUUCAGCUAAGGAACCGAGGUUUCUGUGCCUAUUAUUUGGUAUCCGUUAUUCAGCAUUUAGCAACGUGAUUGUUUUAACCAGGUCAGUGAUGAUUUUUACCAUUUUUACUUGCUCAGAGUACAACUUUGCAUUAAAAAUAAACCGAUUUUCUUCCCA